UCCACUAGAAAGUUAUGUCGUUAAAAUAUCAAACGCUUCUGCGGUAAAAUGAAAAUUCGCAAGGAAUGGUGGAAUCAACAGGUAGAUUCCGUGAUAUGCCCCUUUAAUAGACAGAAGGUUUAAAGGAAUCAUCUGAGACAGAACGUAAGGUCCAUGGGGAAAUCAAGCAAAAAGAAAAGCAGUAUGGCAAAGAAAGGGAAUACUAAACAAAAGAGACUUGUCAAUGCCUUUGAAGUUGUGAACAUCACAAAGUCCUUGGUCAUCACAGACUUCUUUCAUUUUUUCUAUGCUGGUGGUAAAGUUUGCCUUCUGCCAUUUCUGACUUUAUUUUUCCGUCAGUUGGGAUUGAGUGCGACACAGGCUGGGAUAAUAUGUGCAGCCAAGGCAUUGGUGGGCUUGGUAAGCACACCACUGUGGUCUGCUUGUUCGACUAAGUGCAAUGUGAGGAGAGUGACAUUGAUGAGCUCCAUAUUUGUGAUGAUUGCAAUAUACCUGGCUUUGACUUUGGUGCCACCUGUGAACCAGCCUGGCAAGGAGUCCCUCAUGUUCUGCUCUCAAAACCAAGCCAACCAAAACUCGGGACACAACCCACAGACAUCUAACAAGACUGUUGUUCAUGUGACUCUACCUAAGAUGCCUUCAACUGUGACAACAGUAUUUAUUUCUACAACAGCAACAACAUUAUCAGACAAAGAAAUGGCAACUAAUUCAUCCCAGAGUAAGCAGAAGGAAGGUUCUACACCACCAUCACCAAGCGUAAGUCCUUCAAGUUCUGCCAGUCCUGCAGCUGAAACAACAGCAGCUGCUGGAAAAACAACAACUGGGUCAGAAAAUAAUGAAGCUUCUGGUUCAGGCUCUGACAAUACUAAAACUGUUUCCUCAGCUCACUCCAACUUGGCCGAAACAACACCAUGGUUUUCCUCUACUGGAUUUGUUUCAUCAACAUUUUCUGUUUCCCAGGGUCUCCUGUCAACCACAAGCCCAGCAUCUGACAUUGAAGUUGGUGAAAGGAAGCCUGACGUCCACUUGUCAAAGGCACAGAUAAAGAUGUUGAUCAGGCAACUUGGACUUACAAGAGAGGACUUGAUAAGUAUGACCAAUAAAGAACUUAAAGUCUUAUUGACAGAAAGGUUAAAGGAGUUAACUGCGCUUAAAAAAGCAGGGAACAAGCAUGGUGAGUGGAAUUCAAAUCUAGAGGAAGGGGAAUCUUUUGGAAGAAACCCAUAUGACCAAUUUGAGAGAAACAGUUUUCAGGGUAGGAUUAAUAGACACACUGUACACAAGAGGUAUGCCAAUGAAACUAAGGGACUGCUGGAUAAGUUGAAAGACCUGAAAGAAAAACUGUCUGCCAGUGAAUAUUACAGUAAAUACAAGACUUUCCUGGUAAUUAUGUUUGUUCUUCUUCUUGGAGAAUUCUUUGCGGCUCCAACUGAGAAAAUAGCAGAUGAUGCCUGGUAUGACUUUCUGGAGAAUGUUGAUGAUGUGGAGAAAUACGGCCAACAGGGAUUCUGGGCUCUCUUAGCUACUGAUAUUUUUGCUGUGGUCAUAGCACUUAUUGUGGACAACACUGACUGUGUCCUGAGCCUGAACAUCAACCACUUCAUGAUCCACUUCUACAUGUUUGCUGGCCUCAUGACUCUGAGCCUGCUGGUUGGUUUCUGCUACCCUCUGACAGGCAAGUGUAAGAGUAAACCCAGGAGAGGUGCUGUGAUGAAGACUGUGAGACUUCUCUGCUGUGACCUGAGGUGUUUCACCUUUGCGGUCUCCACUCUGGUCAUGGGGAUCAUCCGAGGCAGUCUCUUCAGCUUUCUUUUCUGGCAGAUUGAAGACCUGGGUGGUACGGAGAUAGUCAUGGGUCUCACCAUCACUGUGGCAGCAUGCGCAGAGAUUCCAAUGUUCUUCAUGGGUGGGUGGCUUGCCCGUAAGAUCAGCAGCACUGUUUUGGUAGGCACAGCCCUGGUGGCCCAGGCAGGGCAGUUGGUCUAUUUCUCCUUCCUGUGGAGUCCCUGGGCUGCUGUUCCCAUACAUGUUCUCAAUAUGUUUACAAGCACUGGCUUUUGGAAGGCAAUGGAAACGCACCAAGACUUUUCCACCAGCCACCACGCAGGAAUAGGAAGGACAGUCAAGACGUUCUUGAAUGCUAUAUACAAUUGCCUCGGAUUUGCCAUUGGGUGUGGCCUUUCAGGGUGGCUGUAUGAUCAGUUUGGCAUUGCCAUUUUGUUUAGAGGGGCAGCAGUGCUGUGUGGAGCUUGGUUUUUGCUGUUCCUUCUGCUGCAGAAGUGUGUUCCCAAAAAAGAGAGAGUAGAGUACAUCAAACUACUAAAUGCUGAUGAUGACACAUUCAGUGAUUCCUCAGAUAACUUGUAUGAAGAUGACUGGUUAAAAAAUGCCAUGAAAGAAGCAUGAGAUUGGAAAAAAAUAGUCAUAUAUCUCAGCAUGCAGUUGAUGUGGCAUUAAAACAUUCUUUUGAAUGAAAACUUACAGUGUAUUCUAUAGGACAUUAAGAUACAGCUGCCUUUUGUAUAAACCAUGAAAUAUGCCUUACCUUACUUGUCAAAUUAUGCAAUUAUAGCAAAUUUUAACAUAUUUUUUCAUAUUUUACUCAGACAAGUUUGUCUUCCAAAUUUACAUUUACAGUAUAUAUUCCAUUUAUUGCUGCUGCAAUUUUAAAUGAAAAAGAAAAAAUGAUGCACGAUUAUCAGCUCCCUUCCCCUUGUUCUGCAUUUUCAGGUGCAUAAUUGAUAUUACAUAAAAUUGGUGGUGCUUCCUUAUAUUACAAUCAGCACAAUAUCUCUUCCAUAGAACCUGGCUGUUGGUGGGUGCAAACAGUUUCCAGCAAAUACACAGACUUCAGCAUUAUCUGGUUGUGAUUGUUGGGUUGAUGUUCUUUUUAAACCAUUCCAGUUUUAUAUUGGUUGGGUGGAUAUAAGGGUUCUUUAUUGGUUCUUUACAGGGUUGUUGUACGUAAGAAUGAUUUAUACUCCUACAUCAAUAUGCAUGUUACAAUAUGCAAUUUAGAAGCUUUACAGUUGCCAGUGCUUGUUCAUUAUGUAUCAAUUUCUGAAGAAAGAAAAUUUCCACUUUUCAUUAUUAUUAUAAUUAAUGCCUUUAUAAUUUUUUGUUGUUGUUGUUUUUAUAGUAUGAUUUAGUAUAAAACUUUAAUUUGUAUUUGAUUUCAUUUUUGUUACACAUUCCUUAAAUUAAAAAACAAAUUGAAACUUACAGAAAUUUUACCAUAUUCUUAAUAGUCUAUUUGGUCAUUUUCCAUAAGAAAUAAGACUUAAAGAUGAAUAUAUUAUCAACAAGUUGUUAUGUAUUUUGGCAAUAAAAUCAGUGAGAAGUCUCUAUCUGCUUGGGUCUUACCAUCUGUAUUGAGGCAGGAAUAUCAUAUGUCCAUAAGAUUUUUUCCUCUGUGAAACCUUUAAAUAGCUUGAUGAUUAAUUUUCACGAUGAAAUAACUGCAGUCUUUCCUGUCUAGUUUUAUAUGGGCAUUAAAGAUGGUUUAAUUCCAGCGUAUUGAAGCUUUGGACUUUCAAAUUAAUUUGACUUGCAAAUCCAUAUUGGAAUUUAAUAUAUAACAUAGGUUUAUUUAUGUCUUUUUACAGUUCAAAUGUGAAUGCAGUUGUGUUUACUCUGUUGUUGUGUUAUUUUAAUAAGUUAAUUAUGUUAAAAUCUCUUAUGUCUAAGUUUGAAUUGGUUAAUCAAAAUGGUAUGAAUACCUGUCUCAAAUAUUAUUUUUUUUCUUGAGAAACAGUUAUACAGAGUAAGCAUGGUAAUAAGAAACAGUUAAAGUAUAUGCAUUGUUGGAAAAGAAACUACACAUAUUGGACAUUCAUGGGUGUCUGAUAAUUUAGUUUAUUUGCUACAUUUUGCUGUAAGCAUGCAUCUGUUUUUGAAGAAUCAUUUUGCUUGUGUUGACUUAUAGGAGUAAACUUUCAGAGUCAUUGGAGGUAUGAAAGAAUGUGUGGGGAAAUAGUCUGUAUUUGUUACAAUUUUUUUUUAUUUCAGUUGUCAUUUUUUUGUUUUUCCUUGUUGAAGUUCUCAAAAACUUGUUUUGUAUGUCCCUUGUCUCAUGAACAACUAAAUAUUAUGUUAACCUUACUGAUAUUGGUGAUGGUGAAAAAUAAAGGUACCUUAUGACUUCA